AUGGCGGCCUGUGCCGGUGCCGGACCUGUGCUGGGGAUGGUCGUGUUCCAGAUUCUCUUUGCAGGCCUUAACAUCUUUUAUAAGCUAGCUGUGUCGGACGGCAUGGAUCUAAGGGUACUCAUCACCUACCGCUACCUCUUCGCCUCGGCCUUCCUCGCACCGCUCGCCUAUUUCCUCGAGAGGAAGAACCGAACAAAGAUGACAUGGAGGGUGCUGAUUCUGUCGUUCGCGUGUGGCCUCUCAGGGGGCACGGUGGCGCAGAACUUGUACAUUGCCGGCAUGAAGUUCACCUCGGCCACUUUCGCCUCCGCGACAACGAACCUCCUCCCGGCGUGGACCUUCGUCAUCGCCCUCGCCUUCCGCUACGAGAGACUCGACAUCCGCGCCUUCUCCAGCCAGGCCAAGGUCACGGGGACCUUGCUGGGCAUCGGCGGGGCCAUGCUGCUCACCUUCUACAAGGGCGUGGACAUCACGCCCUGGCACAGCCACCUGGACCUGGUCGCCACGCUCGCCCAGCGCCGCCACCACCACCACCACCUGGACGGGCACGUGGACGCCACGGCCACCACCAACUACGCCAUGGGGUCGCUGCUGUGCGUCAGCAGCUGCUUCUUCUACGCGCUCUGGAUCGUCGUGCAGGCGAAGCUGAGCAACGAGUACCCGUUCCACUACUCGAGCACCGCCCUCAUGUGCAUCAUGACCUCGCUGCAGUCUGCCGUGUUCGCGCUCUGCUUCGACAGGGACGCCUCGCAAUGGCGACUCAAGUUCAACAUCAGGCUGCUCUCCUGCGCAUACUCGGGCAUUUUCGCGUCGGGCGUCGCGCUGGUGAUCAUGGCGUGGUGCGUGAAGCAGCGCGGGCCACUGUUCGUGUCCGUGUUCAGCCCGCUGAUGCUGCUGAUGGUGGCCGUGCUGAGCUCGCUGCUGCUGGGCGAGAAGCUGCACCUCGGCACCGCGUUGGGCGCGGUGCUCAUCGUCAUGGGACUCUACGCCGUGCUCUGGGGCAAGGGACGCGAGGCGGCGGCCGAGGCGGCCAAGGUCAGCGUCAGCGACCACCCCGCCACCACCAGGGACAGGGAGGAGGACGACAAGCAGCACGUCAGCGUCCUGGUGCCUCCCGUAGCUAACUCCGUCUGA